AUGCUCGUCCGCGUCCGCUCCAAGGAUGGCAUCUUCCGUUUCCCGCUCGAGCCGACCGACGAUGCGGCCAAGCUCGUAGACAAGGUUCUCGAGACGACCAUCAAUGCAGACCCCAGCUCUCUGACCUUUUCCAACCAACCGCGCGGCGGAGAGUUUCCUGCCAAUGACCUCCGCGGCACUACGUUGGGUGAGCUCGGCAUCUCCCACGGUCACCUUCUGUACGCCGCCUACCAGGAAGCUUCGGCUUCGUCGUCUACUGCAGCCGGCAGCGCUGCACCUGCCGCCACCGCAGAGUCGUCAAGCGCAGCCGGCCCAUCUUCGAAUGGCAGCGCCGCCGAAGCGAAGGCCAAGAAGCCCUGGGAGACGGCCGUUGAGCACAAGGUCGACACCUACUGGGAGGCGCAAGAGGGCAAGAUCCCUCGGCCCAAGGACGCCCAGUUUUGCCGGCACGGGCCCAAGGGCAUGUGCGAUUACUGCAUGCCGCUCGAGCCGUACGACUCCAACUACCAGGCGGAGCACAGCAUCAAGCACCUCUCGUUCCACGCCUAUCUCCGCAAGCAGGACAUUGCCCUCAACAAGCCGUCGCAAUCGUACAUCCCGCCCCUCGAGGAGGCCGACUACCGCGUCAAGGUGCCCUGCCCGUCAGGGCAGCACCCGAGCUGGCCCGCCGGCAUCUGCACAAAGUGUCAGCCCUCGGCCAUCACGCUGCAGAGGCAACCCUACCGCAUGGUCGACCACGUCGAGUUUGCGCACCCGGACCUGAUUGAAAAGAUCCUCGCCUUCUGGCGCAGCACGGCGAGCCAACGCUUCGGUUUCCUCCUCGGCCGGUACGAGGCCUACCCCGACGUGCCGAUGGGCAUCAAGGCUGUGGUCGAGGCCAUCCACGAGCCACCGCAGGAGGGCGAGCUCGACGGCCUCACGCUCGGCGUGCCUUGGGAGGACCAGGCGCGAGUCGAGAAGCUGGCGCGUGCCUGUGGCCUCGAGUUCGUCGGCAUGAUCUACUCGGACCUCAGCCCUGCCGACCCGACCCACCAGGACCCGUCCAAGGCCGGCAUGGUCGCCUGCAAGCGCCACAAGGACAGCUUCUUCCUCUCCGGCUGCGAGACCCUCUUUGCCGCCCAGCUCCAGCUCGGCAACCCGAACCCGAGCCGCUUUAGCUCGAGCGGCCGCUUCAACUCCAAGUUUGUCACCUGCGUGCUGAGCGGCACCGAAGACGGCGGCAUCGACGUCUCGUCCUACCAGGUCAGCGAGCAGGCCAUGGGCAUGGUCCAGGCCGACAUGAUUGAGGCCAGCGUCAACCCCAACAUUAUCCGGGUCAAGCCCAGCGGCGACGCUCUCUACGUACCCGAGGUCUUUUACCGGUAUACCAACGAGUACAAGAUCGACGUCAAGGAGACUGCCAAGCCCACGUUCCCUGUCGAGUACCUCAUCGUCAAUGUCACGCACGGCUUUCCCAACUCGCCCAGCCCGACGUUCCUCUCGUCGGCCUUUCCUAUUGAAAACCGGCCAGGCCUGCACGACCAAGAUCUCACUGUCGCCCUCACCGAGAUCGGCAAGGUCGUGGGUCAGCGCGAGCUCCUUCCCGUCGGCGGCGGUUCCGAGGACACCAAGGGCAAGUCGCGGGCCGACGACAACCAGGUCCGCGAGAAGCUGGUGGGCACGCUGAGCGACUGGCACCUGCUUGCCUUCCUCGACACGUCCGGCCUCUUGGAUCAGGACGACAUGGCUGCUCUAUGCCGUGUCGCGAUCACCCACGACUCUGGUGCUGCUCUGGAUGCGCUCUUGCUCCGGCCCGGGUGGCAGACGCUGGCGGCCAUCGCGCGCGAGCACGCCCCGAGCGCGGCAUCGUCCAACAACCACAGCGGCGGGCAGGAGGCGGCGGGACAGAAGGAGGCGGAGCACAACUUUACCUACGAUGGCGGGGAGUCGGAUGACGACAUGGCCUUCGAGGACGCCGAUGACGCCUUUGUCGACGACGACGACGACGCCGAUGACUCGGUCCAACUCACAGGAACCUCGUCGAGGCAGGGCGGGGCCGUUUCCGGCGGGGCGGAGGCCGACGCCCCGACCGACGCAAAGGUGUGCCCGCACUGCACCUUCCACAACCCGCCCGGCUCGUCCGACUGCGAGGUCUGCGGCCUGCCCAUGUAG